AGAUGGCAACGCAUCCCAUUUAUUUCAUUGACCGCGCCUCCGCCCAAGGCAUCUAUCCAAGAAGCUGAACUUUUGCCCGAGACCCAGGCAAACUGGUUUGAAAUUCUCACCUUUGGCUGGAUUACUUCUCUGCUCGCUCUCGGUUAUGCUCGUCCACUGGAAGCUCCGGAUCUCUACAAGCUGCAGGACAACCGUGGAGCAGCAUUCAUCGGUGACCAGAUCACUGCGUCCUUUGAAAAGAGGCGCUUGGCGGCGGCGGCAUACAACCGUCGUCUAUUAAAUGGUGACGUCAAGCCCGGCAUAAAAGCGUUGUGGUGGACCCUUCGAGGAAAACGCGCCGAACGGGAGAAACAAUGGAGAGACAAAGAUGGUCAGCGCAAGCCUAGUCUCGUCUUAGCUAUAAACGACAGCGUGAAAUGGUGGUUCUGGUCUGCUGGUAUCUUGAAAGUGCUCGGUGACACAGCUCAGUUCACUAGUCCCCUUCUCGUCAAGGCCAUCAUCGAUUUUGCUACAGAUUCUUAUAAUGGACAUCGGACGGGCGACUAUGCUUCCAUCCCACCAAUCGGCAAAGGUAUCGGUUUGACCUUUGGUCUGCUGGGAUUGCAGGUUGUUUCGUCGCUAAGCACGCAUCACUAUUUUUACCGGUCUGCGUCCACAGGCGUUCUCAUACGUGGUGGUCUAAUCAACGCGAUUUAUGCUCGAUCCCUUCGACUAACCUCUCGCGCCCGGUCCAAGCUCCCGAAUGGUCUGAUAAUGAACCACAUCUCGACGGACGUAUCGCGAAUCGAUUUUUGUGCAGGAUUUUUCCAUAUGGCUUGGUCUGCGCCGAUUCAACUGAUCAUAUGUCUCGUUCUCCUUCUGCUGACUCUGGGUCCUAGCGCUUUGGCUGGUUUCGCCUUUUUCGUGGUUGCAGCUCCGAUUCAGACGAUGGUUAUGAAGAAAUUGUUUGCGAUCCGGGAGAAUGGUAUGAAAUGGACCGAUAAACGUGCCAAACUUCUCCAGGAACUGCUUGGGGGCAUGAAAGUGGUCAAGUUCUUUGCGUGGGAAAUUCCGUUUGCGAAGAGAAUAUGGGAGUUUCGACAGAAGGAGAUGUCCUUCGUUCGCUCAUUGCUCCUCGUGAGGGCCGCGAACAACGCCGUGGCUAUAUCUAUGCCUGCGUUGGCGUCAGUGGUGGCCUUUCUUACUUACUCCGCGACUGGACAUGAACUUGAAGCAUCUGCCAUCUUCACUUCUCUGACUCUAUUCCAACUCCUUCGUUUGCCUCUGAUGCUUCUUCCCACAUCCCUCUCCGCCAUUGCUGAUGCCCAAAAUGCUACCCAGCGUCUCUAUGACGUCUUUGAAGCAGAAACACUGGAGGAGACCAUUGAUCGCGAAGAUGAUCUCCAUGUCGCCGUCGAGGUCAAGAAUGUUUCCUUCACUUGGGAUGCACCCCCGCCCCAAGCAGCCGAAGGAAAGAAGGGUAAGAAGGAUAAGAAGAAAUCGAGGGGGAAGAGAAAGCCAGAAGCCGUCAUUUCGUCGACGGGUGAGGUCUUUGAACUUAAAGAUAUCUCCCUUAGUAUACCGCGCGGACAGCUUGUUGCUGUUGUUGGCGCGGUGGGUUCUGGAAAAACCUCUUUACUCCAGGGUAUGGUUGGUGAGAUGAGGCGGGUUCCGAAUAUAAACGGAGAUAGAGGCACAAUUAAGUUCGGCGGGAGUGUUGGAUACUGUCCCCAGAGCGCAUGGAUACAAAAUGCGACAAUUCGAGAUAAUAUAUGUUUUGGACGGCCUUUCGAGAAAGACAAAUAUUGGCAAGCCAUCAAAGACUCGUGUUUAGAGCCUGAUCUCGACAUGCUACCUAACGGAGACAUGACAGAAGUUGGUGAAAAGGGCAUUUCGUUAUCAGGAGGUCAGAAACAACGUUUGAAUAUCUGUCGCGCGAUUUACUGCGACACAGAUAUCCAGAUCUUUGAUGAUCCUCUGUCGGCCCUCGAUGCUCAUGUAGGAAAAGCGGUCUUCCAGAACGUCCUACGGGAAGCAGCACCUGGAAAGACGCGUAUAUUGGUUACUCACGCGUUGCACUUUCUUCCACAAGUGGAUUACAUCUUCACUAUUGCGGAUGGACAUAUAGCAGAGCGAGGGACAUACGAUGAACUCAUGCAGAAAGACGGGGAAUUUUCGAAAUUUUACAAGGAGUUUGGGACCGGAGAGGAGAAGGAAGAGAGGGAGGAAGAGGAGGAAGGGGAAGAGGGAGAAGCUAUUGAGGGCAUCAUGACAGACAAAGAGAAUUUUCAGACGAAGUUUACUUCAGGGCCUGGGUUGAUGCAAGCGGAGGAGCGGAAUACUGGGGCUAUAAGCUGGUCUGUGUAUAAGCGGUUCUCAGAUGCUGGCAGAGGGCGUGUCGUCUUACCCAUCCUCUUUUUCUCCAUCGUAUUUGUUCAGGGUGCGAUGGUGAUGGCAUCUUACUGGUUGGUAUACUGGCAAGAAGUUAAAUGGGAUCGCCCACAAGGGUUUUACAUGGGCAUAUACGCAAUGCUAGGUGUGGUACAAGCCCUUGCAACCUUCGUCAUGGGAAGCAUGUUUGCCGUCUUGACAUAUUUCGCUAGUCAGCGUUUGCAUAGUCUAGCUGUCGACCGUAUCAUGUCUGCACCCAUGUCUUUCUUCGAGACUACGCCACUUGGUAGGAUCAUGAACCGAUUUUCGAAAGACAUCGAUACAAUUGAUAAUAUUUUGGGAGAUUCGCUGCGAACGUUGGUGGGGCCUGCUUCAUCGGUCGUUGGUGCUAUCAUAUUGAUAGCGAUUAUCUUGCCGUGGUUCUUGAUUGCUGUCUUUUUCAUUCUCAUUGUAUACAUCUAUGCCGCUGCCUUCUAUCGAGCGAGUGCCCGGGAGUUGAAAGUACAUGCCGUCCUGAGAUCAUCAUUGUACUCUCACUUUUCUGAGUCACUCACAGGCUUGGCAACUAUCCGUGCAUAUGGCGAGUCUGAACGUUUCCUUAAAGAAAAUGAGGAACGAAUCGAUGUGGAAAAUCGAGCUUAUUGGUUGACUGUCACCAACCAGCGCUGGCUGAGUAUACGCCUGGACCUUUUGGGGGCUCUUCUAACAUUUAGUGUCGCGAUGCUGACUGUUGGAACGAGAUUUAGUAUCUCGCCAGCACAGACAGGUCUUGCGCUCUCGUAUAUUCUGAGUGUUCAGCAAGCGUUCGGAUGGCUUGUCCGUCAAAGCGCGGAGGUCGAAAAUGACAUGAAUUCGGUAGAGCGAGUAGUACACUAUGCGACAGAAAUUGAACAGGAGGCUCCGCAUGUGUUACCCAAUAGCAAAGUUCCUGAAUCUUGGCCGUCUGUGGGUCACAUAGAAUUGAAAGACGUGGUAUUAAGCUACAGGACUGGACUUCCCGCUGUCCUCAAGGGUAUAACUAUGACUGUCAAAGCUGGAGAAAAAAUUGGCAUAGUUGGACGAACUGGGGCAGGGAAAAGUUCUAUCAUGACUGCCCUAUAUCGCUUAGUCGAACUUUCCUCUGGAUCAAUUCACAUUGACGGCGUUGACAUCUCCACCGUUGGCUUGACGGAAUUGCGAAAAAGCCUGUCAAUCAUUCCUCAAGAUGCUCUAUUGUUCUCUGGAACUCUCCGGUCUAACCUUGAUCCUUUUAAUUCACAUGAUGAUGCGAGACUAUGGGACGCGUUGAAGCGAUCGUACCUUGUGGAAUCGCCGGCAAAGGCAGUCGCAGAUGAAAAUGGCGAUGUAUCUACCCCAAUUAACAGAUUCAGUCUCGAUACUGUCAUUGAAGAUGAGGGUGCAAAUCUAUCCAUUGGACAGCGGUCGUUGGUGUCCCUUGCGAGAGCUCUGGUUAAGGACUCCAGAAUACUCAUACUUGAUGAGGCUACAGCGUCUGUCGAUUACGAGACUGACAGAAAUAUCCAGGACACAAUUACCCACGAAUUCCAGGAUCGCACGAUUCUAUGCAUAGCUCAUCGCUUGCGCACAAUCAUAUCAUACGACCGGAUUUGUGUUCUUGAUGCUGGCGAGAUUGCUGAAUUCGACACCCCCUCACAAUUAUACCAAAAGACCGAUGGGAUUUUCAGGGGAAUGUGUGAUCGGUCGUCGAUCACACUAGAUGACAUCAGGCUCAGUGCUUCAACCACGAAAUUUCUUAAUAACUGAUACCUUUCCCCGUUGUUCACGUUCACGACCGUAAUGAGAUUGUACAUCUGAUUCACGCAUCUACUCGUUGGUACUCCAUGGAAGCAUAAUACCAGCGGCACUAUAUUAGUGGAUUUACUAGCCGCAAUCCUCCGCGAGCCUGAGGAGACUAGUACCAUCUAGGAAACCUCGCGAAUCUACUCAGUUCUCGGUUGUCGGUCGUCCUUCCAGAAUCUAAGGCAAUACAGAUGAGAACAAUGUUCAUAUCCACACUUGGUGAGAUACGUAUGGUUAAUAACCAGUGCGCGGAAGUAGAGCGUUUUGAAAUGAAUUCUGGUAUUAUCAAUAUUAUGUCUAUCCCCAUUAUCUGUACCAGGGUUCUAUUCCGUCUCCGCAUCAAGUGAAAUUGUGGUAGGCGUGCGUAGAUACCCAUAUAUCGUUUUGAACACCAUUAUUGCCGUAAUAGGAACCCCAAAGCCCAGUCAUCCACUAAUGACCAUU